GAUUUUUCGAGGGAUCAAGGUGGAUUUGGAGCGAUUGUUAAAAUAUCGGUUGAUUUGGGAGGAAUAAUGGGGAAAGGGAUUAAUAGAUAUAUUAAGGAUUAAUUGAGAAAAGGUGGGCUAUUGUCGAUGUAGUCAAUGUCAGAGUCGAGUUCAAAAAAAUUGUUCGGGGUCGGGGUUAGACGAGGCUAGGAUCCAAUCCUACCUUAUAGCUCCAAAUAUAUUAAAUAUUUAUUAGAUGUGGACUUUUGCAAUAAUUUAUGUUUGGGGACUACAAACUCAACGUUAUCCUGGAUAUUUUAACAACUCUAAAUUUUCUUGUGAUUCUUUUAACAAUACUCCAAAUGAAAUGGAAGAAACAUUUCCUGUUGCUCACAGAAUUUUUGCUUCUAUUAAGCCUGAAGAAGUUGAAGGCGAUACAAUAUUUAAAAUGAAUUUCAGUAAAAAUGAAGUAAUGAAAGCAAAAGAAAAAUAUUUAAGAAUUCAUUACCCUCCACAAAUACAUGAUUUAUUUAAAGAUGUAAAAAAUCAAAUUAAAGAAUUAUAUUUCUUUUCAACCAAAAUUAGAACUAUUGUUGACAAAUAUAUUGAUGAAAUAUUUGGGUACGUUAUAAAUUAA